UAAAACAAACGGGAGGUAAAAUAGAGAAGCAUAAACCCUAAAGUGUUCAACCAGAACUCUCCAGAAUCCAGAUUGUAAUUAAAAGCAUCGGACAGCAAUUCCCCUUGUCGAAGUUCCAGUUGGCUUUAUGGAGGCUUCAAAGGAGCAACAAGGGCUUCUCAACCAGAUCCUUCCUCCUCGCCUGGAAGACGCGGGCCUCGAGGACUGCGCCCUACCGCCUGAAUCCAUCCACGAGGCCUUUUUUAAGGCGGCCGCGGCCGUGAAGUCCCGUGCCACGUCCAUCUUCUCCGCUUCCUCCGAAGAGUCGGGGGAUUGCGUCCCAGACCCCUUCCCUUCCGGGAAGGACAUGUCCGACAAAGUCGUUGGCUUGCCGCCGAGUACGGACGUGCCGGAUGCGUUGGUUGGAGUAUUUCCUGAGAAGGAUGCGCCCGGGUCUUGUGUUGCGGAGAAGGACAUUGAGGAGGAGGGGGAUAAGGUCGUGGUGGUGGGUGGUGGGUCAGAUGUGGAUAAGCAGGAGGAGUUAGGGAAAGGAAGGGGCUGUGUGGAUGGGUUGCAAGGACUAGAGGCUGAAUUGAAAAAUGGUGAUAAAAAGGUGGAUGAUGAAGAGGAGGAAAGAGGAAGUGAGAGGCCAAUUCUGACAGAGGGUUUUGUGUGAAUCCCAAAGUACUUGGUGGGUAAACUUCCAUCUUUUUGUUUUCCACUUGUAAUCAGUUAUAUGCUAUGUUGAAUGAACUACUAUUGUUAUGCAUAUGAUGAUCAGCUUUUGCUAUUGUAGAUUCUAUUAAAUGUCUCCGUUUUUGUUCCUCAUUCUCGAUUCUAAUAAAAUUGUUAGGUCUUAGUCUUCUGA